UGGAGCCCCAAAAGAAGUCAAUGGAGCCCAGACCCUGGUCCUGGUCGUGACUAUUUCCACGCCGCCUCCCCACUCCGACGCACACCGACGCGUUCCAAGCCGCCGCAUCCAGCAUCCACCAGCGCGCAGACAUGGGCACCGUCCUCUCCAUCUCCCCGGCGACCAAGAAGGCAUCUAUUAUGGACGCCGAGGUCGCAGGAGACGGACCGAAGAACAACGACAACAAGAGCCUCAAACGGCACUCCAUGUUCGUGUCGCUUUCGUGGAAGAAGCUGGUGGCCAAUUCAGCCAAGAAGAGUGCCAAGAAGGUGACGCCGAACCCGCAACCCACUCAGGUGGCGCAGCUCAACAACGAGAACAUCAGGAAAACGCACCAAAAUGAGGAGAAGAAACCCAAAGCUCCCAUCCCGGUACCGGUACCCACGGUGCCCACGAUCAUCACCAACAACAACAACAACGACGCCGUCAUCCAAAACGGGAGGUUGGCGUCGGUGCAGAAGCAGCCCAGCAGCCUGUCUCUGGUGUCUCCGAGGCGCAUCGUGAUCCAGGCGUCUACCGGGGAGCUGCUGCGGUGUUUGGGGGACUUCAUGUGCCGCAGGUGUUUCAAACUGAAGGACCUGAACAGCGGAGAGGUCAUCCUGUGGUUCCGGAACAUAGACCGGACUCUGUUGCUGCAGGGUUGGCAGGACCAAGGCUUCAUCACGCCGGCCAAUGUGGUGUUCGUGUACCUGCUGUGCGAAGACACGAUAGAGGAGAGCGUGGAGUGCGCGGCCACCCUCCAGGGCACCUUUCAGACUUGCCUCUACCUCGCCUACUCCUACAUGGGCAACGAGAUCUCCUACCCGCUCAAACCGUUCAUGAACGACUCCAACAAGGACAUGUUUUGGGAGACGUCGCUCAGGAUCAUCAACAGGAUGAGUGCCAAAAUGCUGCAGCUCAACGCGGACCCGCAUUUUUUCACCGAGGUCUUCCAGGAGCUGAAAAACCAGCGGGAUACGAGCGAGGCCAACUUGGAUCGCUGAACUGGUGUUGGAAGAUAGAUUUCUCUCUAUAUUUAGGCCUAUAAGAUGAAUGUUAAAAAUCGCAGGCUGGUGGUUUUUGAAUGUAAAAGGCUGAAAAGAUGCGGAUGGAUUCGGUUGCUCUGGGCUCAAGUACCUACUGGUGUUUUAGGAGAUUUCAUACAUGCAUGCCGGUAUAUUGUCCUCUUUUGUCUCUCUAACCCCGGGAUUGAACGUACAAAUAUACAUUCCAAAUCCCCAUUUCAUUCAAGCUUAGCCCACUUAUUGGGUAACUGAUCCAGCAGAUCCAGAUUCCAGAAUAGAUCCAUUAUAAUAUGUGAGAGGAGGCGGAGCUGUCCGAGGUGCUGACCUGCGCAGCCGCCGUCCUCCCUCAGCUCCUGCUAUUCCAGUCACUUUUCCACACAGCCAAGCGUGGCUUAAGAGGACUAGAGCCAGCCCAGUACACUUUUGAGCACAUAAGCCUAAGCCUUCUGGGUACGUACAGAUAUAGGUAGCCUAUAUAUUUGCUGAUUCGCUUGUUUGUUUUGAAUGGAUUCUCAGCCAGCUGAAACCUAAGCUGUUACCACAGAUAUCGAAACGAUGUCAAAGGAAAGUAAAAAAAAAAAAAAACAAAGCGUCAUCUUAGAUAUUUUCUCCUCAGAGUCUAAAAGGUAGCAUCUGUCUGCAACAACCCCCCCCCCAUCGUCCUAUACCCCUGCAGAAACCCACAGUGCUGCAUGGCUAAUCAAAUACAGCAAGAAUGUGACACAAAAUGAAACUAUAAAUAGUCCUCAUUUUAUUUAUUUAUUUAUUUUGCCUGUUGAAAUGACACUGCACCAAUGUCCUGCAAACUGGGUCAUUGGUUGAGGAAAAAAAAAAAAAAAAAAAAAUGAGGGUAUGUGCAGAAAGGGUGAUAAACCGCUCUCUUUCACUGUAAGCCGGGAUAAGGUGAGUUUACUUU